UGCUCUGCUCCGGCUGUCUGAGCGGCACAUGCUCCGUCCUCCUGGCUCUCUUAGCCCCGCUAAGACGUCACUAGUCCAAUUAACUCAGAAAGGGGGGGGAGAAGAAGAGGGAAUCCACGCAUGUCGAAAAACCAAGUGUUCCUGCUCCCGGGGCUUUGGGCGAUGAGCGCCGCUCCGGUGUACGAUGACGACCUGAUGCGACAGCCCGCCAUCCGCAGCCCCGCAGCCCCACGAGAAACCAGAGAGAUGCUGGUCCGUGAGAACUGAACUACUCGGUGCUCUCGACGCGUAAGCCUUUUAUUUUUAAGCUCCCGCAGAGCUGCUUUUCGUGGGCCCAGCACGUUUCCUCGGUUUUGCUCAACAUGGAAUCCUUCACUGAUGUGCUGCUCGUCUCCGCCAACGUCGGCUCCCUCUUCGACAAUGUGGGGGAAAUUCAAACUGGAUGGCUGCAAGAGUUGUACAAGACAAUCCAUAAGUACAAGCCACAGUUCAUCGCCCUGCACUUCCAGGAGGUGGGAGGAAAGGACUAUAUGGUCAACAUGGGAAAUGCAGAAAACUUCUUCUGGAACAUUGAGUCCAGUGAGGAAAUGAAAGAUUUUGACAGAGUUUGCAUUUAUGUGGACAAUGAGUUCCGAGCAGAAGACAGCUUCACGGCUUUGGGGAGUAUGUACUUCAUCCACAAGACACUGAAAAAUGUCUAUCAGUAUGACUUUAAUGUUAAGGAUUUUAAAGCAGUGUUGGGGCAGGACAAGCAUAUGGGCGCUCUAGACAGGGUCACCACCGUGGAGAAAGAAAAAUUCCCAAAGAAUUUCUGGCCUGAUUUCAAGUGGUCCAGGAAAGGUUUCAUGAGGACCCGGUGGAUCAUACACAACCAAGGUCUAGACCUGGUCAACAUCCAUCUGUUCCAUGAUGCCUCCAACCUCAUUGCCUGCAACUCCAGUCCUUCCAUCUACUCAGCCAACCGCAAAAACGCUCUCAGAUAUGUCAUCAACAGGAUAUCAGACAAUCGCUACACCACUCUGCCUUUCUUCCUGUUUGGAGAUUUUAACUUCCGCCUGGACACUCUUAGUCUUGUCCAGCAUCUGUCCAUUGAAGCAGAUGUGCAGACAGUGAAAAAGGACAGCAGUAAUGAAGUGGAGAAAAUCAUAUGCGAAGAAAAAGACAAUGACCACCAGGUGCUGCUUCACAUCGAGGAUAAGCUGUUUGAAUACCUGCACCAGGCAGUCUUCAGAGAGGACAACGGCAGAGCACUUUUGAAAUACGACAAAGAAAUCGCAGCCUUUCAUGACGUAAUGAGGGAAGAAGACAUCAAGUUUCCACCCAGCUAUCCUUACAGUGAGGACUACAAUAAACCAACGCAGUAUAUGAACACUCGCUGUCCGGCCUGGUGUGAUCGUGUCCUCAUGUCACACACUGCCCAUGAGUUCAUCCACGGGAGAGGCGAUGAUGAGAAGAGUGUUGUCUAUAACACGAUAGGUCCUCAUUUCUGCAUGGGAGACCAUAAGCCUGUAUUCUUGUCAUUCCCAUUGAAGACAAGUAACCAUUGACUCCGAUCCUUCUUCAUGGUCAAUAAUCACACCACCAUCUGAGCUCAGUCACGGUGGAAAAUCAGCAGGAUUUCUGCCACUUCAUGUGAACCACCGGACACCUGCAGGAUUUAACUCUGUGCUGGGAACUUUGCUCCUGGAAUUCCAUACUGCAGCUGGGAAGAUCUGAUUCUUGUUUUUUUGUUUUUUUUUUUUUUGUGGGACCAAAUAUCGGGACCUUGACAUUAACGAAUUUUUAUAUUUUUGAACAUGUACCUAUUUUCAAGGCAGUGUUAUACACAUACAUGUAAAAAAAAAAGAAAAAUGUCAAAAGUAUUACAACUACUAAUUUCUUACUGUCCCCACAUAAUUUACAACCUCAAAUUAGAAAAAGUUGUGAUGGUAUUGAUGAUGGUACUAGUUUAGUUGGACUUUUAUUUCCUUCCAUAAUCUUAUCGUCUUUAUUUUUUUAUAUACACAUUGUCUUGCACUUCAGACCAACAUGGGAUUGCAGAAAAAUUGGAAGGGCUUCAAUUUAGGUCUGGUAGUUAGAAAAAGAAAAGAGUGAUGUUAUUUCACUCUUAUGAUAUUAACAAGUGAUGGUGACAAUGAUUUAGAUCAAACGUAGCAUCAGUGCAUGGCUGAGGGUGUUUCUCAGUACCAUAUAUGCAACAUUUGGACUUGUGUCAUGAAGGUUUAGACUCGGAAAGUCUUCCUCGGGACAAUGUACUUCAGAGAACAGGAGCAUGAAGUUUGUUCUUUUUCUGCUGCUGGAACAGCAACAUAG